AUGCAGGGAUACGCAGUCUCAAAAACCCUAGCGGAAAAGGCCGCAUGGAAAUUCGCUGAAGAAAACAGCCUCGAUCUCAUCACCAUUAUCCCUGGUGUCAUCACUGGCUCAUCCAUAACUCCGGAGGUCCCAGGAAGUGUCGGCUUUGCUCUGUCUUUGCUCACAGCGAAUCUCAAGUCGAUCUUCUCCUCAGAGAAGCUGAUUAAAGCUGGAUUUAGCUACAACUAUAGGAUGGAAGAGAUGUACGAUGAAUCGGUGGAGUACUUGAGGGCCGUUGGAUUGUUGGCCAAUUGA